UUGCGGGCAGUCGAAACAUUUAAAAUGGGCAGAAUACAAUUUAACGGAGUUUUAUUACUGAUGGUCCUUCAAAUAUUGUUGGUGGCCACAACAACUGGAGAUGAAACGUGUGAAUCAGACCGAAUAAUGGAAGAACAGUGCCGCAUUCAUAACUAUAAAACUGUUAAACCUUUGCUCAAUUAUUUUAGACAGGUUAGAAAUGAGUUAGAACAAAGUGAAACUAAGGAAAAGCAGAUAAGUGAAUUAAAUUCUGAUCUUAUGGAAAAAUAUCAUGAAAUUGUACGAAUACAUGAAAAAUUCAUGAACGAGGCAGCUCUAUUAAAUGAGUAUAAAAACAAAGUAAUCAAAGGGGGAAAACGAUUUGCAAAUGUGUCAAACUAAAGUUGAUAAAUCUGAAUCUGAAAUUAAUUCACAACAAAAUAUUAUUAAUAAUUUAAAAGAACAACUAAAAGAUAAAUCCACCAACUUUGAAAAUUGUCAAGUUCAAUUAAAAUCUGUUAGUUCUAGAUUAAUUGAAAAAGAUGAAAAUAUGAAGAGAUUAAGUGAGAUUAUUAAAAAUAACACCGAACAUCAGAUAACACUUGAGUUGGAAUUAGAGAAGAGUAAAUCUACAUUAAUAAACCAUGAAAAAGAUAUUCAGUUAUGUCGAUCAAAAAUCAACAAAUUAAAUAGGACAUCAGAGAACAAUAGAAUAGAACAGAAAAAGAUUCAACUGAAAUUAAAAGAAAGUGAAACUAAGCUAAUAGAUAAAGUAAACGAAAAUCAGUUAUGUCAAUCUGAACUUGAUAAAUUAACUCCAAAAACAUGCAUCCCUUUCGGACAAUAUUCAGGAGUUCAUCAACUCAAUGUCUCUGGCAUAGGUUUAUUCAACGUUUUGUGCGAUAAUCAGUUAGCUGGACAUGGAUGGAUCGUAAUACAACAACGAGUUGGGGGAAAUGAGAGUUUCAAUAGGGAUUGGGCAAAGUUUCGCAAAGGUUUCGGUUCUUUUGAAAGCGAUUUCUUUCUUGGAUUAGAGAAAAUACAUCGUAUCAUGAGCUUGCAGCGUUUCGAACUUUACAUACAUUUGGUUGCCCAGAAUAGAAGUGCCUACAACGCUCGUUAUGACGACUUCAAAAUAUCUGAUGAAGAUAAUGGAUAUGCACUGAGUUUGGGUGAAUUCAAUGGAACUAUUAUUGAGGAUGGCAUGAGAAACUCUAAAAACAUGAAAUUCUCAACAUUCGAUCACGACAACGACAAAGCUGGUGAUGGUAAUUGCGCAGUCUGGUAUGAAAGUGGCUGGUGGUACAAUAAUUGUGCUUCUUGUCCUUUAAAUGCACCAUAUGGGCCAAAUCUAGGUUGGUUGCAUAAUUGGUACAACAAUUUGUUACUUAAAGAAGUUAAGAUGCUAAUUCGCCCCAAAGAAGAGAUGAAGAAGUGACAAACUGAAAAGCUGAAAUUCCCAUAUUUGGCUCAAUUAUAUAAUCAUUUAUAUAUAAUUGGUGCAUUAAGGAAUUGCGUUCUGAAAAAUAAAACGAUCGACUAUUUAAUGCAGCGAUUAAGAUCAGUUUAUAUUGCAUUUAUUGUAUGUUUUGAUGAAGCAAAUUUUAAAUCUUUAGACGCUUUCAAUAGAGGUGCAAGUACAAAAGUCAGUAAACUUAUGAUUAUCCUGUAAAUAACCUUUCAAUAGAACCUUUAAUAUUAAUGUAAUUUAAGAAAUGAUCUAUACAUAUUCGUUUCUUAUCUAAACAUAAAUGAUGCAGUUUUGUUAGUACUAAUACAUACAAAAUUUUGUCUUUGCAACAUUAGUUGUGUAUAUGUAUGAAAAGUCAAUAAAAAACUUCCCCAUGU